GAGCAGUUUCGAACGCUUCAGACGCGGUGCGCGGCGGAGCUGGAACGCGCCGAGGUUGUCUUUCUGGAACAACGCGCCGAACUCCUCGAGAAGAACAAGGCGGACAUGGACUCGCUGUUCGAGCGGAGAAAUAUCCUGGAGCAGAACUUCAUGGAGCACAGCGUCGCGACGGCGUUCAAGUACGGCGACGAGCUCGAGAAGUGCCGCGCAGCGGAUGCCGCGGAGUACAACGUGCUCAAGAUUCGGCUGGAGACGGAUGUGCAAAAUCUGCAACAGCACCUCGAGGCGAUGCGCGCGACGUACCAGCUCAACACGGAGAAGCUGGAGUACAACUACAGGGUGCUCGUCGAGAGGGACCACGAGAACCAGAGCACGAUCGGGCAGCAGCGAGGGAAGAUACGGAAGCGACGCGAGAGCCUCAUCAAGCUCAAGGAGAAGUACGCCGAGUUUGACAAAAAGUACCAAGCCGAAAACGCCAAGCUCGCCGCGGACUACCGCAGGGUCACCGAGCAGUUCAAAGAGCUCCAGGUCAAGUGCCGCCACUUCGAGAUCACCGACCGUAGAAAGUACGAGCAGGUGUGGGCGAUGAACGAGGCGCAGGUGGCGGGCAAAGUCCGCAGAGCGCUCGCGGCGGAUAAGACGAUCCACGAGCAGCAGCUCGGCAUGGUCUGGCACGCGCCGUCCGACGACCGCGUCCGCGACCCCGCGUACGCGGGCUUCCUCGCGGCGCUCGUCGACGAGACGAGCUUCCUCAUCGACCCGAAGACGUCCAGGGUGCUCAAACAGUCCGCGGAGGACGCGGCGGCGAGCGGCGACGCCGAUCAGAUCGCCCUCGCGGAAGCCGCGGCGGCGCGAUUGAAGGCGGAGACGACGCUGCGAGCGUUGGCGGUGUCGGACGCGGCGGCGUUCGACGGGAUGGUGCUCGCGUUGACGCGCGACGGCGAGGACCCGAUCGCGGCGGCGGCGACGGCGUCCGGCGGCGUGAAGGACGUCAUGGUCGACGCGGAGCUCAUCAUCCCGAAACUCAGGGCGUUCGUCGAGUCGGAGAAGCUCGCGCGCGAGGGGGGUACAGCUGGCGGUACAGCCGGCGGCGUCGACGCGUCGCGCGCGCUCAAAGCGGCUGAGGACGCCGCCGCCGACGCUGCCGCCGCGCCGCGCAAGACGAAGGAGCAGCUCGAGCGCGAGUUUUGGGAGAACAUGAGCGACGUCGUCGGGCCGAAGACGUACGCGGUGUGGGGGCAGCUGGAGGAGCAGCUGACGAGGUAUCACGCGAUGUUGCGGAGCAGGAGGGAGGGGUUGGAGGCGGCUACGGCGCUCAAGGCGCAAAACGACGAACUGAGAAGUUUGUUGGGGCAAUACCUGCGCGCGGACGCGAACGACGACCUUCAGCUGCCGCCGUCGAAGCUGAUGUAGCGGCGGAGGGAGGCGCGAUAGGAUGGUACCUUAGUUGCUAAUAAUGCGUUCGUUGUU